AGAGAGACAGAUUAAUUGUCUCAAUUUGGCACUCAACAGCCAUGACUCAAAUUUAUGUUCAACGCCUUGAGCGUUGCGUCUCCAUCCUCUCUUCUCUCUUCUCUCUCCUCUCGCCCUUCACGCCCUCCUCAAACCUAUUUCGCCAUUGAUAAAAAAAAAAACCUCCUCUCCUCAACAUUACCAUCAAAAUUCGUCACAGACAAAUCUCGCCAUCGAAAUCAAAAUGUACUACGAUCGUGCAUGCAUGCACCCUAUACAUGCAUGCACGAUUUGAUGAAUACGUGAAAAUCCGUUCUUUGUUAGUCGUCCAAUACGAUUAAUUCCAAACCUCUUAAUCGCGAUGAGCCGACGCUAUUGCGUCGGCAUUGCCGUUCUAAGUACCCUUUUCACCGUUAUCAUCGUAGGCUCCGUCAUUUACGCAACAAGUGGCCACCACCCUGCCGCCCCCGGACCGCAACCACCACCCAAAAAGACGCAACCCAUCUUCGGGCCCACAUCGGUGUCCGUCGAGCAAGCAUGCCAAGCAACAACAGAUCCAUACGGAUGCGGAGCCACAUUAUCCUCCCCGCGAAGUUUCCCUUCUGAUCCCCCAAUCUACUACGCCCCGACCGAAAUCCUCGAACUCGCCACCCAUAUCUGUAUCCGAAACGUCAAGGUGGCCCAAUCCGUGAUCGCCGAUAUCCUAAAAAAUGCUACAAACGAUCAGAAGGUCUCGAAGGCAGCGAAAACGUGCAUGGAGGUGCUACGUAACGCCAAGUACCGGCAGCAGUCGACGGCCGACGCUCUGCCGCGCGGCGAGUUCAAGGACGCCAGGGCGUGGAUGAGCGCGUCCUUGGUUUACGAGUCCAUGUGCCUGAACGGGUUGAACAAGACGGGCAGUAAUCUCCCGUCGGUCAUUGGGGUCGUGGCAUACAUGCAAACCGUGGUGAACGUGACCGGCGAGGCGUUGAGCUUGAUCCGGUCGUACGAUAUCUAUGGAAACGAUACCGGGUCGUGGACCCUGCCCCAAACAGAGCGGGACGGGGUCUGGGAGCACGUGGACGGGUCGGACGACGCACGGGCCUUGAAGUCCAACGGCGGGUUCCCAUCCGGCUUGAUGGCGAACACGACCGUGUGCAGGAGCGGGAUAGGUGGUGGGAGUUGCGAUUACACGACCGUGCAGGACGCAGUGGACGCGGCGCCGAGCAACGAGACGGAGAGGAGGUUCGUGAUUCGGAUAAAGGAGGGGGUUUACAAUGAGACGGUUAGAGUUCCGUUGGAGAAGAAGAAUGUGGUGUUUCUGGGUGAUGGGAUGGGUAAAACGGUCAUUUCAGGGUCAUUGAAUGUGGGCCAGCCUGGGAUGACCACCUAUGAUUCAGCUACAGUAGGAGUACUUGGUGAUGGAUUCAUGGCCAAGGACCUCACAAUUGAGAACACAGCAGGCCCCCGAGCCAACCAGGCGGUCGCCUUCCGAUCAGACAGCGAUAGAUCCAUCAUCGAAAGCUGCGAAUUCAUCGGGAACCAGGACACCCUCUGUGCCAACACCCUCCGCCAGUUCUACAACUCAUGCCGUAUCCAAGGCAACGUGGACUUCAUUUUCGGCUUCUCCGCCUCGGUCUUCCAGAACUGCCUCAUCCUCAUCUCUCCCCGCGGCUUCACCUCCGAUCAAAAUGUCAUCACUGCCCACGGAAGGUUCGACCCCGCGCAAUCCACCGGCUUCGUCUUCCUGAAUUGCACAGUUAACGGUACCGCGACAUACAUGGAAAAAUACGAGAAGAAGUCACCCGAUUCGACGAAGAAUUUCUUGGGGAGACCGUGGAAGGCAUACUCAAGAACUGUUUUCAUAAACUGUAACUUGGGGCCUAUCAUCUCACCAGAAGGGUGGAUGCCUUGGGACCACGAUUUCGGUCUAUCCACGCUUUACUACGGAGAAUAUGGUAACUCCGGGCCCGGUUCGGCUUUAUCGCAGAGAGUGGAAUGGAGUAGCAGAAUUCCAGCUAGUUACAUUGAAGGUUUUUCAGUGCAGAAUUUUAUCCAAGGUGAUAAGUGGAUACCAUUAUCUUCUGGAUAAUGACUCAUGGGGAUAACGAAGUAAAUAUAGAAUUAAUGAUCAAUACUUGGUUACAGAAA